GGCCGGAUGCCAUGGGUAACAACUUCUCCAGUAUCCCCUCUCUGCCCCGAGGAAACCCGAGCCGGCCGCCGCGGGGCCACCCCCAAAACCUCAAAGACUCCAUCGGGGGUCCCUUCCCUGUCACCUCUCACCGAUGCCACCACAAGCAGAAGCACUGCACGCCGGUGCUGCCCGGCGGGGUGCUCCUGGCCACGCCGCUGCUCUUCCACCCACACACCAAGGGCUCCCAGAUCCUCAUGGACCUCAGCCACAAGGCUGUCAAGAGGCAGGCCAGCUUCUGCAACGCCAUCACCUUCAGUAACCGCCCGGUCCUCAUCUACGAGCAAGUCAGGCUGAAGAUCACCAAGAAGCAGUGCUGCUGGAGCGGGGCGCUGCGCCUGGGCUUCACGAGCAAGGACCCCUCCCGCAUCCACCCCGACUCGCUGCCCAAGUACGCCUGCCCCGACCUGGUCUCCCAGAGCGGCUUCUGGGCCAAGGCGCUGCCCGAGGAGUUUGCCAACGAGGGCAAUAUCAUCGCCUUCUGGGUGGACAAGAAGGGCCGUGUGUUUUACCGCAUCAACGACUCGGCCGCCAUGCUCUUCCUCAACGGGGUCCGCACGGCUGACCCGCUCUGGGCCCUGGUGGACGUGUACGGCCUCACGCGGGGCGUGCAGCUGCUUGUCACCACGUGCGACCCCGGCACGCUGCGGCCGGCCGACCUGCCCUUCAGCACCGAGGCCCUGGUGGACCGCAAGGAGUUCUGGGCCGUGUGCCGCGCGCCCGGGCCGCUGCACAGCGGCGACAUCCUGGGCCUGGUGGUCAACGCCGACGGCGAGCUGCACCUCAGCCACAACGGCGCCGCCAUGGGCAUGCAGCUGUGCGUGGACGCCUCGCAGCCGCUCUGGAUGCUCUUCGGCCUGCACGGCGCCAUCACGCAAAUCCGCCUCCUCGGCUCCACCAUCCUCGCAGAGCGGGGCAUCCCAUCGCUUCCCUGCUCUCCCGCCUCCACACCAACCUCGCCCAGUGCCCUGGGCAGCCGCCUCUCUGACCCCUUGCUCAGCACCUGCAGCUCGGGACCUCUGGGGAGCUCUGCUGGCGGGACGGCCCCCAACUCGCCGGUGAGCCUGCCCGAGUCACCAGUGACCCCAGGCACGGGCCAGUGGAGCGAUGAGUGCACCAUUUGCUAUGAGCAUGCAGUGGACACAGUCAUCUACACAUGUGGCCAUAUGUGCCUCUGCUAUGCCUGCGGUCUGCGCCUCAAGAAGGCUCUGCAUGCCUGCUGCCCCAUCUGCCGCCGCCCCAUCAAGGACAUCAUCAAGACCUACCGAAGCUCCUAGCCCGAUGCGGCGCCCCACCCCUCGUGCCCGCCUCCUCGGACUUUAGCUCGGCUCCAGCCAAGGGGCAAGCCAACAAGGCCCCUUCUCUUCUUCCUCAUUUUGGAAACUAUUUUCCCUUCUCCAUAAAACAUGGGAAACUGAGGCCCCUGAAGGUUUGGGGAGAAAAGGGGUAUCAUACAGGGCAGUGGGGGGCAGAAGCAAAUCGCCCAGCAGAGGGGAGGGAAAGAGCCUACACUUUGUCUACCUUUCCCUUCUCUGCACCCAGCUCUUUCCUUCAUGCUGAGGGACUGAAUUAGGGUCUCAGCCUGUUCUAAUCCUUCCCCAUCUGGGACCAACUUCUAGGAAGUCCCUCUAGCCCAUGUGACACCUUUGUGAGAUUUAGGAAGUGUGUCUGUCCGGGCAGAUAGAGCCCUGAGCCAGGGCGUGCGGCUUGGCUUGUGGAGUAUGGACUGGACAUCAGCCUCUGUUUACUCCCUCAGCCAGCUGCCCUUGAGCAGUGCACAGCCUGCUUCACAGCAGCCCUGGGCGGGUGGCCCGCGCUGCUGCCUUACUCUGACCUGUACCCACCUUCCUCCUCUCUUCCCUGCCCCUUGGGCCUGGCAGCCAGGGGAAAGAAGGCUAGUGGAUACCUCUCACCCAGACAGGCUGCAGCCUCCAUGCCAUACCCCUCUCCCACCCACCCAGGAUGGGUGGUGUACAGGCCGCAGGAGGUUCCAGGUUCUGAGUCCCUGGCCCUGUGCCCUGGCAGCGAUGCAGAGGGCCCCUUCCUGGCCAUAGCCUUUCUGCCCCAUUCAUCUCACCCCUUGGUCUAGCUGGAGAGCAGGGUCUGUCUGCUGUCAGGGUCUCUAAGAACAGGUCCGCAUCUACUCUCUGAGACCUGUCCUGCUACAUCUCAGUGCUGUCCUGGGCCUGGCUGUUGCUCAGAGAUGCUGUAGCGUCGCCAGGCAAGGCCAGGGCCCUGGGUUGGGGACAGGGAGGUUUUGUGGAGUAAGACCAGCCUUUUUCUGUAUUUUAAUUUAUUUAUUUAUUUGGUUUGUGGGUUUUUGGUGUUUUUUUGUGUGGGGGGGAGUGAGUUCCCACCCCUCAGGCCCCUAGAAAUGUUGCCCUAGAAAUGUGUGUGGGUUGAGAGGGGACAGCAUUUCCCAGACUCCAGCCCAAAAGUCCAUAGUUAGCUAUGCUUACCAUGAGUUAGGACUCCUUAAAGAGGCUGAAUUGGGAGGCCUCCUGGCAAGCUGUGUCCAUUUUACACAGGGCAUAUUGAGUCUCCUUAACUCCCUGGGACUGGCGGAUCACCCAGAGCCACAAAGUGCCCUUCCUUGGGCUGGAGCAGGGUUAUCAUAGGUUGGCUUAAACAUGUCAGGAGGCCCAGGAGCAUAAAAAAUUCUGGGAAUGCUGAAGGAGGGGAGUCUGGCUUGGGCCAGGGAACAGGGCUGGGGAGCCUAGUGAUUGUAGAGGCAGGGAGCCUGUUCUUAGGAAAGGCACUUCACCCCCAGGAAAUAUGAGGGGUAGGGACUGGCCCAGCACCUCUGGGUUCUCAUUCCUGGUUCUGGGGUGAGGGAGUGCCCCCCACAUGCCCUUAGGCUAGUUCUGUGCUCUGCCUGCCCUGUCCUGAUAGCCAUUGGCUGGGGCCAGCUCUUAAGAGUCUUGGCUUAGUCUCACCCCAGCCUCCCAGCCCUCUGCCCCCUCAGAUGGCUUUUUACAUCCAUCAGAGAUAGCUUCUCCCUGUGGCCAGGUCAUAGCUCCUCUGUGCCUCAGCUUCCACCUCUGUAAAAUGAUUGGGGAGGGGGGAGACCUUGUGUGACUCUUAGUUCUUUGGUGAGGGGCUGCAUUGGGGUGGGGUAGUGUCUGUCCCUGCUUUGUAGUGGGCCUUUGAGAAGUCAUAGUUCUGCUAAGGGUCUCCCCAGUCUCUGAUUCCCGGUCACCCCUUCUUUGGGGGUUGGUUGGGGGAGGUGUUGGCUCCAUCCAAUCGAGGGUUCCAUUUCAGAGGCAAGGAUAGGUCUUAAGUGCAAGGGCUGCCUGGCCUGAGGGUGGGGAAAGGAAGCCAUCCGUCCUAUUGUCUGUUAGUGUGGGGUAGUUGCUGCCUCUUUUGUGAACUUGGGUCGCUGUGAUUGUGAAUAAAGGUGAUUUGUAACAGCCUGA